CGAAAAUGCCAUAAACUCAACUAUUAUUAUAGAUGGUCUUGGUGUUUCUAAGGGAUCAAAAAUUAUACAAGAGUCUUCUGCAUUUGGAACUGGAGACACAAGUAACUGAUUAUCGUAUCAUCCCAAUAACUAGAUUUCGAUAGACAACUACACAAGAGAAUUAUCAUUUCUGAGAUAGCAAAUUUUGGAUGGCAAUUUUAUAGGAGCAGAGCAAUAUCUCCAACCUUUGAAAACCAGAUUGAAUGAUCAAUUUUCUUAUGUGUUGUUGGAAUUGAAGAAGCAAUAAUAUUUUGAAUUGAUCAAUGCAAAACCAGAUGUAGAGAUACUAAUAACAUUAUUGCGACAAAUUGAAUAAUUGGCAUCGUCAGAAGUGUAUAAAAACCUUUGUUAUUUUUUGACGCUGUCUUGUAUUCGCGAUCAUCCAGACUUCGGCGAUUGGAGUGUUGAAAAGGUAAAGAUCGAGUGUCUCUAAUCUUUUAGGGAAGACUGGAUUGCUUCGAAGGAAUUGCAUAAGUGCUUAAGAAUUUAGGUAAAACUUUUCGCAUAGAAAAAUACAAUGGCAUUACACUUCAACAAUUAUACGAGAAAGUUGAAGAAGAUGAAGAAAACAACAAGCAUUCCAAAUGUAUUAGUAAUACAUAUAGAAUAUUAGUUUACUCCAAAAAGAAGUCCCAAUUUCAAAUGUAAUAGUCUAGUUCCUCAUAAUUGCCUGUUGACUUCGACAAAAAUAUCAUCAUAGAGAAAUUGCACAUCUCCGACAUUAAUGAAAAUGAUCAAUCAAUGAUAAGGAAGGAAAGUAUUUUGAACACUACUCCACCUCAUAGCAAUAGCAGCAUACAGUCACAACUCUUUAAUUAUAAAUUUGAUGAAAUGGAUUAAGUUGCCACGUUGUCAGACACUCAUCCCAUCAGAGCAGCUGCAUUUUCAUCAGAUGGUGAAAUGUUUGCAAUCGGGACCAAUUCCAAAAGUCUCAGGAUCUUUUCAAUGAAAUCUGUUUUGCAGGAAAGUCAAGUUGAAAUGUAGAUGGAAAAAUAAAAUCAUCAUCAAGGAUCUAUCUAUUGUAUUGAUUGGAGUCGAUCAGGAAGAUUGAUAGGGACUGGUAGCAAUGACAAAACUGUUAAAUUGUACAAUGUAGAAGAUGAGACUGAUUUCGUUUUGAUUGGUCACAGAGGUUUAGUGAGAUCAGUAUGUUUUAGCGAUGAGAAUCGAUUGAUGUCAGCUGGAUAAGAUGCUGUGAUCAAAAUAUGGGAUGUGGAAACAUAAAAAUGUAUAAGAAAUCUAGAAGGCCACACAUAAACUAUAUAUUGGUAUCCAAAUUAAAUAUUAAGUUGAUAGUCUCUAGACUGCAGGAGAUGGAUCAUAUCAAGUAUCUUGUGGUAUGGAUAGGACUUUGAGAAUCUGGGAUUAGAGAACUAGUAGGGCCUAAGGAGUAAUGACCAUGCAAACAGAAAUUAAUUAUGUUUCCCUGUCAGAAUCAACAACCAAUUAUAAUCUAUAAAAUUUAGUGAAGGGAUCCAAAAAGGCUCCUUAGUUCUCAUCCUAAGGGUUGGCAGUACUUGCACAUUCUGAUGGUGUAGUUUCAGUUUGGAAUAUUCAAUAUUAGAAGUGCGUAAAAACAUUGAAACAUCAUACUAUGGAUUGUAGAUGUGUUGAGUUUGAUCCAACAGGUAGAUAUAUCUGUAGUGUAUCAUUUGAUUCAACUAUUGCCCUUUAUGAUUGGGAACAGCAGAAAUUGAUUACUUAAAUUACUGAUCACGAGGAUCGAGUAGUCUUAUGUAAAUGGCAUCCAUUCUAUCCUUUUAUUCUGAGCACAUCUGCAGAUUGUACUGGUAGGAUAUUUGCUCCUCAUGGUUUUCUAGUAUAAUUAAUGAAAUCUUUAUGA